UGAUUACAAAAGCAUAUUUCUAUCUUUGUGUGUAUCCGUCUGUAACCACUACAACUUUCAAACAAUUUAACAAUAAAGGGUUGAAAUUUGGUUACAAGCUCUACCUCUAUAUCAAAAUGGUAAAUAUCCAAUGAGAGUUGCUCAAGAGGCAGGAUGAAGUCCAGGUGAAGACAAAGUCUCCAAUGCUGACCCAGUCUGGCGUGCAUAUAACCUUUUUAUUUUUUAGAAUAAUAGUUUACUUUCAUGUUUAUACGGAAUGAAUUUAAUGUUCAUGAAACUCUGGAUGAGGAAUAUCCUCAGAAAUGGAUUGGGAGAGGUGGAUCAGUCAACUGCCCACUCAGAUCCCCGGAUUUAACGUACAUGGGGAUCUGCACGGACUACCUGUGGAGAAGGUCUUGCAUCAACCAAAAGACUCAGAGAUUCAGAGAACAUGAUGUAAUGAGUCAGGGCUGCUGUUCAAUCAAUAAAUGGAGAAGAGGUUUUAAGGGCUGUAGAAAAUUACAGUUCCAAAGUAGAACUCUGGAAAACGACAUUACGUUUCAAACAUCUGUAAGUAAGGUUUCAAGACUUCGUCCAUCCAAUGAAAAAGAGAAUUUAAGAAAUAUAUCAUUCAAAAGAGAUGUUAAAUUGAAUUCAGAUUCGGAGAAAGAUGAGUUGGAUAAAGAUGGCGGUGAAGAUGUUGAAUACAAGUACAAAUCCGGUCUUUUGGGCUUGUUCAGAUAUGCUACCUGUAUUGACAUCCUUCUCCUCAUCACUGGGAUAAUAUUCUCCAUCAUCCACGGGGCUAGUUUUCCAAUUUUGGCUGUGGUCUUUGGCCAGAUGACAAAUGCUUUCAUACACGAAGCAGUCAGGCUUCAGAACGCCUCCAUCGAACAUGAAAAUCACGAGAAAGAGCCACUUUUCACAGACACAGCCAACCCUUUAACUGAUGUUCUCUACCUGCUAGGAACAAACAUAGGAGGACUCAGUUAUAGUACCCUAGCUCACAACAGAAGUUCAGAACCAGCUGGAGACGAAUCUCAGUUUACAUCCUACCUGGCUUAUUACUCGUACAACUACUUGUACAUCGGUGCGUUGGUUCUGGUGGCUGCUUUCAUACAGACAUUGUGCUGGGAACUGUCGUGUGAAAGGCAGGUGUACAAGUUGCGUAUCAAGGCGUUCACCCAGAUCGUGCGACAGGAUAUCACCUGGUAUGAUACCCGGCAGCAGCGCAACCUCUCCAACAUCCUCUCAGAUGACAUAGAGAGGAUACGAGAGGGUAUCGGGUGCAAGUUCAGCAUGGUGGUGCAGUACAUGUCGACAUUCAUGUUCGGAACUGUAGUGGGGCUCAUGGUCAACUGGCGAUUGACGGCGGCUCUGCUUCUUGUGGCCCCCCUCCUAAUCGGGGCCUCUGCCUAUCUUGCCAAACUGACAGCCGGGUCAGCUGCUAGGGAACAGCUCAAGUAUGCAGUGGCCGGGAGUGUAGCGGAGGAGGUGCUCAGCAAUCAGCGGACUGUGGCAGCAUUCAGCACGGAACAACAGGAAGUCGUCAGAUUUGAGAAAGCACUAGAAGUGGGACUGAAGCUGGCCAUGCACAAGUACAUAGUGCUGGCUUGGGGGUUGGUCAUCGUUUUCUUCCUGAUGUACGCCCAGUAUGGCCUGGCCUUCUACUACGGGGCCAACCUCAUAGAGGAGGGUUACUGCACCCCGGGCAGCGUGUUCACAGUGUUUUUCAGUGUGUUGUCUGGAGCGUUUAUACUGGGCAAUGCACUACCGUACGUGAACGCAGUGGCGACAGCACUGGGAUCGGCCUCAUCAGUGUUCAGCGUAGUUGACAGGAAACCACACAUUGACUCGUACAGCAACUCCGGCCUCAAGCCGAUGUUGGUCCAGGGACACAUUCGCUUCCGCAACGUCCACUUCAGCUACCCCUCCCGCCCUGAUGUACCGGUUCUGCGAGGUAUAGAUCUGGACAUUCAGCCAGGAACAAAGGUGGCUCUGGUGGGUCACAGUGGCUCUGGCAAGAGCACAAUCUUCCAGUUGCUCCUUCGCUUCUACGAAGCGUCAAGCGGUGAGGUGAGUCUGGAUGGGAAACCGCUGCCGGAGCUGAACCUGGCAUGGUUGAGGAAUCGUCUGGGAGUGGUGUUCCAGGAGCCUGUGCUUUUCGGGGUAACCAUCGCAGAGAACAUCCGUUAUGGCCGCGAGGGAGUGUCACAGGACGAGGUAGAGUUGGCUGCCACGAUGGCCAACAUCCAUGCCUUCAUCGACGGCUUACCUGAGGGCUACACCACAUUGGUGGGAGAGCACGGGACCCAGUUGUCUGGUGGUCAGAAGCAGCGUAUCGCGUUAGCACGAGCCCUGGUACACGACCCCGCCAUCCUUCUGCUGGAUGAGGCUACAAGCGCACUAGAUGCGGAGAGCGAAAGCGUGGUGCAGGACGCACUGGAACGUGCGAUGCUGGGGCGGACCACAGUGAUCAUCGCGCACCGCCUCAGUACUGUGCGUAAUGCCGACGCUAUAAUGACCUUGCACGAAGGUCGAGUAGUGGAGCAAGGGACUCAUGAGGAGUUGAUGGCAAUGCGAGGAGUCUACUUCCAACUGGCCAGCACUCAGGCUGCAUUCCAAGAUGAAGUAACAUCCGAUAGAGACACCGAUUCGUUAGUACUGAUUUCGAGGGACACUACAGAGAUUCCUCAGCCUAGACAGAUGACAUCGGAACUUUCACUGUACUUCCCUGAGAAACCAUUACCGGAGGGUGAGGGCCGUUCCAUCUCAUUGUGGACCCUGAUACGGUACAACAGACCCGAGUGUGUGUGGCUGCUGCUGGGACUGCUGGGAUGUUCCAUGACCGGAUCCAUCAUGCCUGUCUUUGCCUUCUUCUACGGCGAGGUCUUUGCGACGUUCACCUUGCAAGGGCAGGAGAUGAUGGAGGCAGCUAUCUUUUGGUCCUGUAUGUUCUUGUUACUAGGGGUCCUGGCUGCUGCUAGCAUUUGGCUUGAGAUAGUGACUAUGACAUUGGCAGUGGAACGGUUGGUGAUGCGACUGCGGGUAAUGGCCUUUCACAAUAUCUUGCGCCAAUCUGUCGGCUGGUUCGACUCGGCACGACACUCUAGCGGUCAUCUCAUAUCACGGCUUGCUCGAGACGCACCACUCAUCAAGGGGGCAGCCGGACUUAGACUAGGUCAGAUGCUGAGUGCCAUGGUGACGCUGGUUGCUGCCAUCUCCAUAGCCUUCGUGUUCGGGUGGAAGCUGGCUCUGGUGCUGCUGCUGAUUGUGCCACUGAUAACAGGAGGAGCUUAUCACCAGACGCUGAUGAUGCGGCGGACACAGACGCAGGACUCACGCCUCAUGGAUGAUGCCAACAAGAUAGCAACUGAAUGUGUCCAGAACAUCACUACCGUGCAGGCACUGUGUGCGGAGAGACGGUUUCUCAGUCUUUACGCAAACUACCUCAACGUACCCUUCAGGAACGCUAUGAGGCAGGCAGUUAUCUACUCCGUUAUAUACGCUCUCUCUCAGGCUGUAAUUUACAUAAUGUACGCCGGAGCGUUCAGGUUCGGAGCGUAUCUGAUCGAGAUUGGUGACAUGACACCCUCUGACGUCUACAGGGUGUUCUUCGCAUUAGCAUUCUGUGCGGCCAGUGUGGGCACGUCGUCUGCGUACGUCCAGGACUACAACAAAGCCAAGGUGGCCGCGCGCCAGAUGUUCUACCUCAUUGAUCGUGAUUCGGAGAUAGACGCUCUCUCUCCUCACGGCCUGACACCGGCAAUAAGAGGCAUGGUGAGCUUUAACCAGGUGUACUUCCAUUACCCGAGUCGGCCGGAUGUGCAGGUGUACCGCGGUCUGACGCUCAGGGUGGAGGCGGGGCAGACCGUGGCUGUGGUCGGACAAUCAGGGUCCGGCAAGAGUACCUUGGUCUGCCUCCUAGAGCGUUUCUACAACCCCACCUCCGGCACCAUCACGGUGGAUGGAGUCAAUAUUGAAGAUAUAAAUGUUCAACACUUACGACAACAGAUUGGGUUGGUUACUCAGGAGCCGAUGUUAUUUAACCGUACUAUCAGAGACAACAUCGCCUACGGCCUCACAGACGACACGAACCUCAUGGCCAGAGUGGUGGAGGCAGCAACCGUUGCCAAUUGUCACGAGUUUAUAUCGCAGCUGCCUCAGGGCUACGACACGAGGGUGGGGGAAAGUGGCUCCCAACUAUCAGGAGGCCAGAAACAGAGAAUUGCCAUCGCUCGAGCACUCGUACGAGACCCAGCCAUUCUGCUGUUGGACGAAGCCACGUCUGCUUUGGACACGGAAAAUGAAAAGCUUGUGCAAGAAGCACUGGAUAAAGCACGAAGGGGCCGGACAUGCAUCAUCAUCGCGCACAGGCUGUCGACAAUACACGAUGCAGACUUAAUCGCAGUUCUGGACCGUGGCAAGGUCAGAGAGUUGGGGACCCACCAGCAGCUUCUGUCCUCGCGCGGUCUUUACUAUCGGCUGAUGAAGGCUCAACAUCUGUGACCGUACCUAGCUCCGAGCAGGCUGAACCAGCCUGUGCAUAUCCUGCUCUGGAUAUUGCUGCUCAGGAUAAGUCUGAGCUGGGCAAGAUCACAGAUAUCCGACGGUAUUAUCUUUACAAGAGAAAUAUCUCAUGUUGUAAAAGGAGAGAUACCUAAAGGUUCAGGUUAUUGUUGUAGAUUAUAUAUGUUUGAAUUAAAUAUAUCUAUAUUGUAUAUGUUGUCAAUAUAUUUUUAUUAAAAAUAAAUUCUAAUUAAAAAUAA